AUGUCCAAAGGAUUAUCUGUUGUUCUUGUAGGUUGUGGCUCCUUGGGAAAUAACUCAUUAAAGAGUCCUGGAUAUCCAGAUAAAUUCUACCCAAGUAAUAUGGAUUGUGUUUAUCACGUUCCCAUUCCUAGCGGCAUGGCUAUGAGAAUUUAUUUCGACUAUUUCCAGCUGCAAUACGCCUUUUGCUGGUUUGACUAUGUAGAAAUUACCAAUCAGGACAACUUCUCAUUUGGCACAUUCUGCGGAGAGAAGACUGGAACAACAAUUGAAAUUACUGGAGACUACGCUGUGAUAAGAUUUCAUUCAGACUCAAUUGUUCAGAAAAGAGGAUUCUCGUUGUUGUUCACUGCCGUUUUACCACGUCCUCCCAACAUAUCGAUGCCAGAUGUUGUACAAACCAUUCCGGACAAUGAGGUGACGUGUUUAGUGACAGGAAGCCCUCCUCUUUACACAGCGAUACUGAAGGACUCGACAGUGUUGGUGAACACAACAAACACGGCAGCUGGUCUGAUCCAGGAGGAAGGAAACUACAGCUGUGUGGUCACUAACAAGUAUGGGACUGUCUUCAAAAUGUUCUCUGUGAUAUUUUCAGGUUGUGGCUCCUUAACUAAUAACUCACUGCAGAGUCCUGGAUAUCCAGAUAACUACCCAAAGAAUAUGGAUUGCGUAUAUCGGGCUAUCAUUCCUCACGGCAUGGCUAUGAAAAUUUACUUCGACCAUUUUGAGCUGGAGAACUCGGACUUAUGCAGAUUUGACUUCGUAGAAAUUUCUAAUCAUUAUAACUUCACAUUUGGUAAAUACUGUGGAAAGAAGUCUGGGACGACAGUUGAAGUAACCGGAAAACAUGUUGUCAUAAGAUUUCAUUCGGACUCAUUUUCUUCACAAACAGGAUUCUCCAUGUUUUUUACAGCCGUUUUACCAAGUCCUCCAAAUUUAUUAAUGCCAGUUGUUUUGCGAGCCUUUCAAGGAGACGAAGUGAAAUGUUCUGUGACGGGAAGUCUUCCUGUGUAUACAGCGGUACUGAACGAAUCUACGGUAUUGGUGAACACAUCAAACACUGCAACUUUCAAGUUCCUUAAGGAAGGAAACUUCUCUUGUGUAGCUACCAGCAAUUAUGGCUCAGACUUCCGAACUUUCUCUGUCUUAGAUUGUAGACCCACCUGUUCCCUUUCAACAACAUGGCCAUACAGACGAAACGUUCUUUCAUGCGUCAAUGUGACGGACCUGCAUCUGAGGGAUUGUCUCCCAACGAAUAUUGACAGCCUGUAA